GAAAAGUUAAGAGCAAGAGUAUUACCGAUUUAAACUCUCAUUCACUUACAUGCUUUCUUUCAGUCUAUUGUCUCAAACUUGCGAUUAAAUUAAUUCUAAUUCUCUGUUAAUUGACUAAUUUUCUUUGUGAUCUUUUCUCGUCCUUAAACUGACAAUUUGUUGUUGACCAUUUACUAUUGAUUAGUAUUAUUGAUCAGUUUAUUUUCCUUUGUCUGUAAGAGUGUUUUUCUUUUUUUGUGUUUUUGCUUUAUUUUCUUGUGAAUUUAAAAAAGCCGAUUUUUUUUUGUGUUCAAUUUGUUGAAAAGAAUUUAAAAUGCCUGAAGAACCAAUGACCGCUACUAAUGAAGAUGCUGAAACCUUUUUGUUUCAAGCUGAAAUCGCUCAGUUGAUGACUUUGAUCAUCAACACUUUUUAUUCUAACAAAGAAAUUUUCCUUCGGGAAUUGAUCUCCAAUUCUUCUGAUGCUCUUGACAAAAUCCGUUAUGAGUCACUUAUCGAUGCUUCUAAGCUUGAUUCUGGUAAAGAUCUUUACAUUAAAAUUGUUCCAAACAAAGAGGAACGAACCUUAACCAUUAUUGAUACUGGUAUUGGUAUGACCAAAGCUGAUUUAAUCAAUAAUUUGGGUACCAUUGCCAAAUCUGGUACUAAAGCUUUUAUGGAAGCUCUUCAAGCCGGUGCCGAUAUCUCUAUGAUUGGUCAAUUUGGUGUCGGUUUCUACUCAGCUUAUUUGGUCGCUGAUCGGGUUGUUGUUACAUCCAAGCACAAUGAUGAUGACUGUUAUACUUGGGAAUCAUCUGCUGGUGGUUCAUUCACCAUUAAAAAGACAACCGAUCCUGAUUGUGUUCGAGGUACUAAAAUUGUUUUAUGGUUAAAGGAUGACCAAAAUGACUAUCUCGAUGAGAAGAAAAUUAAAGAGGUGGUAAAGAAACACAGUCAAUUUAUUGGUUACCCGAUUAAGCUUGUUGUCCAAAAGGAGAGAGAAAAGGAAGUGUCCGAUGAUGAAGGUGAAGAGGAGAAAAAGGAAGAAGACGAGGAAAAGAAGAAGGAAAAUGAUGAAGAAAAGAAAGACGAUGACGAAGAACCAAAGGUAGAGGAUGUUGAAGAUGAGGAUAAAAAGGACAAGAAAAAGAAAAAAAAGGUAACCGAAAAGUACAUUGAAGACGAAGAGCUUAACCGAACCAAGCCCCUUUGGAUGAGAAAUCCUGAUGACAUUACCCAAUCUGAAUAUGGUGAAUUUUAUAAAAGUCUAACCAAUGAUUGGGAGGAACAUUUGGCAGUUAAACAUUUCUCUGUUGAAGGUCAACUCGAAUUCCGAGCUUUACUAUUUGUACCAAAACGAGCUCCAUUCGAUCUUUUUGAAAAUAGGAAACAAAAGAACAAUAUCAAAUUGUAUGUCCGUCGGGUUUUCAUCAUGGACAAUUGUGAGGAUCUCAUUCCAGAAUAUCUCAACUUUAUCAAGGGUGUGGUUGAUUCUGAAGAUUUACCAUUGAACAUUUCCCGAGAAAUGUUACAACAAAAUAAGAUCUUGAAAGUUAUCCGUAAGAGUUUGGUGAAACGGUGUAUCGAAUUGUUCGAAGAGGUAGCCGAAGAUAAAGAGGCUUACAAAAAGUUUUAUGAACAAUUUAGUAAAAACAUGAAACUUGGUAUCCACGAAGACACUGGAAACCGAAAGAAGAUCGCCGAUCUUUUAAGAUUUUAUACUUCAGCUUCUGGUGAUGAGAUGUGUUCUCUUAAAGAUUAUGUUUCCCGAAUGAAGGACAAUCAAAAAUCAAUUUACUUCAUUACCGGUGAAUCAAAGGAACAAGUAGCCGCCUCUGCUUUCGUUGAGCGAGUUCGAAGCCGAGGAUUCGAAGUGGUUUACAUGGUGGAACCAAUUGAUGAGUAUUGUGUCCAACAAUUGAAAGAGUAUGAGGGUAAACCUUUAGUUUCCGUUACCAAAGAAGGUCUUGAACUUCCCGAGACCGAUGAGGAGAAGAAGAAGAGGGAAGAAGAUGUAAAGAAAUUCGAGACUCUAUGCAAGGUGAUGAAAGAUGUGCUCGAAAAGCGAGUCGAAAAGGUAACAAUCUCUAAUCGUUUAGUUACCUCUCCAUGUUGUAUUGUCACAAGUCAAUAUGGUUGGUCUGCCAACAUGGAAAGAAUAAUGAAAGCUCAAGCUCUUCGGGACACAUCGACCAUGGGCUACAUGGCAGCGAAGAAACAUCUUGAAAUCAAUCCCGAUCAUCCAAUUGUAGAGAAUUUGAGACAAAAGAUCGAGGCUGAUAAGAGCGAUAAAGCCGUUAAAGAUUUAGUCAUGUUACUUUUUGAAACUGCUCUUCUCUGUUCUGGAUUCUCUUUGGAAGAUCCACAAAAUCAUUCGUCUAGAAUUUAUCGUAUGAUUAAACUUGGUCUUGGAAUUGAUGAAGAUCUUGUGGAAGUUGGUGGUGGUGGUGAUAAAGUUGCCGAAGCGGAAAUGCCAGCAUUAGAAGGUGAUGCCGAAGAUGCAUCAAGAAUGGAGGAAGUUGAUUAAAUCAAAUUUUAAAAUUUCUAUAAUUAAUCAUACUCAUUGAAAGAACACAGAAGAUGAUCGAUCAAUAGUAUCCUUUUUCUAUCAUUACUCUUUUCUUCCCUUUUCUCUCUUUCCUCUUCUUCUCUAUUCUCAACCCUUUCCCUACAAUCAAUCAAUUAGUCUCUUUAAUCACCAUAAAUUGACUAAUUAUUUUACUUUCGAUUGUUUUUGUUUCCUCUUUUCCUUUUCUAUUUAUUGAAAAUCUCACUUCAAUAUCUUUUCUCAAUUUCAUUUUUUCCAAAAAAAAAAAAUUGUCAUUUAAUGUCAACCCUUUUUUGUUAGAAAUCAUUAAAUAAAAACAUUUUGAUUCAAAUAAAA